AUGGAAGGCUCCGCCAACACCCGCUGCAUAGACCCGCUCACCGACCUCCGGGAGGUGACAGAGAAGAACGCGCGGGAGGCGCGCGAGGAGCGGGAGGAGGCGGAACGGCAGAACGCGGCAGCAGCCAAGGCGGCGCAGGUGGACGCGGAUGGGGCAGCCAAGGCCCAAGCCGACGCCGCUGCAAAGGCACAAGCGGACGCCACGACCAAGGCCCAGGCAGAAGCAGCCACCAAGGCAAAGACGGAUGAGGCCGCGCGCAGCCGGUCUCCGCAACUUAUCGUCCCCCUGCGCGCCAUGCCACCGGCACCAGGGACUCAGGUGCCGACUGGAGGGGCCGGCAACGAGCAGCCGAUCAUGGAGAGGGGAGGGGACGACAUCACCGUCUUGGAGGCAGAAGUGCCUCCGCGCUCGCCGACUGCUGACGCACAAAGCAAUCGGCUUGAGGUGCCAUCGGCGCCACCAGCUGGCAACGAGUUGGUGGUGGGCUCGACUCCGGUGGUCCGCACUCUGGGGCGUCAUUGCCCGGAGAAGGCGGUGUCAGCGCCAAGGCCGCUAGAUUUUGGGGCCGCAAGCUCUUCGGCCCCUAAUGCCGAGGCCAGCAGCGCCGCCCCACCAAAGUGGACUCCUGGAGGCAGGACGAGCGUGCUGAACCGCGUUGCAAAUGACGUCCAGGCCCAUCUCCGGGCCCAAGCCGACGCCCUCCAACAGUACAUGAAGGAGUUCGUGGUGACGCGUACGGGCAUCCGGGACUAUCACAACAUCCGCGCAGCCGCCUUCAACUCCCAUGUCCGGGAUCUGGCAAAGCGGACUGCUAAACUGGCCGACAGCCGGAGAGCCAACACCACCUUACAGCAAGGGCUGGGCAAAGCUCAAACCGCGCUGCGCGCCAAGGAGGAGGAGCACAGCAAGAUGGAGCAGGAGCGCGACCGCCUGGCCAAGAAGUUGGCUGACCAGGCGGAGCUACAGAAGCUCAAGGAUGCGGAGGAGGCCCUCCAGGCUGAGUUCGAGACUUAG